AAAAUCUCAACAUGUGUGACCGGUUAGGCUGACAAGCUGCUAUUGUUUGGUCGUUGCACGUAUCCUGUCACCAUGAUUUACCUGCUACUUCUUGCAACAGCGUCUUCAGUUGCCAUAUGUGUUGUACUUUACAAAUAUUUGAGACCCAAAUUUCCUAUAAAAGUCGAGUGUUGGUUUUGUGAAAAGGUGACUGUGGUUCCAUACGGAAACAAGAAUUGUUGGGAUUGUCCUGGCUGUGACCAGUACAAUGGAUUUAAAGAGGAUGGCCACUACAAUAAACCCAUCCCGGCUCAGUACAGUGAGAGUAUGAAUCAUCCUGUCAGCUGUAAGACUGAUGAAUUUAUCAGUAAGGACACAGUCCUUUGUGAUGAGUGUAGUCAAAACCAGCUCCUCAAGGUUCGACAACUGGCUGCUUUUGUCCCCUUCAAUGAGAACAAAUUUGACGCAGAGGUGGAAGCGUUUGAGCAGCACCUUGAGCGUGUGUACCGUCUGUGUGAUGUAUGUCAGGGAACAAUCAACAUGGAACUUGGCAAACAGGACCAUGUUUUGGGAAUGAAACUGGACCAAGUCGCUGCGGAUGUAUCAAAGUCAUCGGAGACGUCGUUUGAAGAGAAGGUUUCCUCAGGGACCAAAGUAAAGACAUUUCUCUACAAAACCCCUGGUGUGCCCCUUUCUGUCGUCAUGGCGACAGUGUCAAGCAUGUGUGCCUCAACACUUUGUAUGACACAUUGUCAUACUGCGCAGCAGCAGUUACAGACAACAUGGCUGCCCACAUCAUAUUUCAUCCCCAUCAUCCACUUGGCUCUGACAAAACUUGAUGUCCUUGGAGGAAUUGGAAUUUUGACCUGCUUCUUGGCCAAAUAUUUUGUUGGUAAAAACAGACUACACAUGCUGGAUGCUGUGAACAUCCCUCUGUGGAUAUUAUCCCUCCUUUUGGACAGUCAGUUUGGCCAGAUCGUGUUUGGUCAGGGCUGGACACCAGUUGUGAGCUGUAUCCACCAUGGUGUGAAUGCAGUAACAGGAAUAUUGUGUCUGUUGGUGUCUAGGAGGAGUAGAUCGCAGCCGAACAUCAACAUUAAAAGACUUUCCUUGGACAAUAGCCGUUCCUCUCAGGGGUCAGAUAGUACCUUGACCGAUAGUAGCCCCCUAAAGUCGGUGAGUGAGGCAGCAUAUAGCCAGGUGUAUGACCCUCGUCACAUGUCCAGCCAGCUGGCUCCUCAUAAGAGUGACCGACUGGACGAUGCACUGUCAGACCUAGGAUCAUUCUCCAUUGGGUCAGCCAGCUUGAAAAGAUCAGCUUCAGGUGUAUUUGGCUGUUCUUCAUUUACUACUGGUCAGCCAGUUUCAAAGACUGGAUUCUCGUUUGGUCAAGCCCUGCAGGACAGAAGCAACCGUCCACUCAUCAGUCCAGCCAAACUGCGGGUCAGUCACACUGGGGGAUGGUCAACCCAGAAUAGAGCAGAUAAUCCUUUCUUACAAGCCAAACGAGAAACUUCCAUGUUUAAAGUUGAUAGCGGGCCUAGCAACUUUAACCUGGGACACGCCAACCAAACUCCGAACAUUUUUGCAGAUAAGACAUCAUUUUUCAAUGAUACUACUUCAUUCAAGGGAGAUAACCCUGGUGCAUUCAAUGAGAAAGGGUCAUGCUUUAGUGAAAACUUUUCAACACCUGUACCAAAAUCAAAUUUUAAUGAUCAUGGAUCAACAGUAAGUGGGCGUUUUCCUUCUUGUGAUGAUUCUGUGAGAAAAAGUUGGAGUGUGCGUAACCAUGCCAUCAACAAAAUGGAGGAUUUCCAUGACGACAGGGAUAGUCGGUCUACAGCAUCAUCCAUGUGUCCCGUGGACAGUACUACAAAGACAGAGAUCAAGUCAAAAGUUUUCUGGAGGUCCUCAGGAUUCAUUGGUUUCGUGCUGGGAGCCAGUUUUGUGGUGAACGUUUUUCUAACUUACAACAGCUGGAAAAAGCCUUCAUGAGGGCCCAUCUGGACUCAAGAUUAUUCUAUGUAUGCUCAAUUAGUAUUAAUACAAAAGAUGAUGGCUUGUUUCUGACAUGGACAACUUGUCCCUGUAUAUAAAAAUUCAAGUUAAUCUAGAAACAAAACUAUUUUUUAGCAAGGACAAAACUAAAACAUUGUAAGCAUUGUUUGAUUUCCAUGGAACGUGUGUGUGUGUUGUAAAUUUUACAACUUACAAUACGAAAACAUUCGAGAUAUUUGUAUUCUUUCUGGAGCAUCUCCAAUGUUUUGGGGACAGUACGUUAUACUGACCAAACUAUUUGAUGUUGUUGAAUUUGAGAUAAAUGGUCAUUAUUUAUCCUCACUGCUGUCUGAACUAUAUAAUGAGGAUCGGUGAGUUAAUCCCUUUCGGACAGCCUUCUUAGGUGAUAACACAAUUUUUGUACUCCCAUCAACACAUUCACCCUUGAAGACACUUUUGAACUCUUCCAGUUCAAAGGUUGGAAUAGUUCAUUAUGAAACUUCAGGGGUGAAUGAGUUAAUGAAAUAGGAUAUUACAAGAAAAAGCAUGUAUUGUGUGUGUAUUCAAUGGGAUUCAUCAGUAAUAUAUACACAAUGUAAGUAUAAAAAGUGUCGCAACGUUUCCAAGUCCCUUUGUCAAGCUCUCCAUAGGCGAAACGUACCGGGUCGAGUGACAUAUGAAAUAAACAAUUUCGUCACACCGUUGUACAAGUUAAUAAUACAAAUCGCUCACUCAGUCAUAGCUUGACAAAGGACCAGCCGAUCUUGAAACGUUGUGACACGUUUAAUACGUACAUUGUUUGUGUAUAAAGUAAAACUAUGAUUAACUCCCCUGAAGACACAUUUGAACUCUUCCAAUUCAAAGGUUGGAAUAGCUUAUUAUGAAAUUUCAGGGGUGAAUGAGUUUAAAGUAUUAAAAGCAUGUAUUGUGUAAUUAAGGAGACAAAUAUAUCCUGUGUUAAAGAGGCAAGAUGCAUACAUUUGUACCAACUGGUAGUAGUUUAGACAAAUUUUCGAUUUUUUUUGUGACCCGGACAACCCUUGGAUCUUCUACAGUUAAGGCAAUUACCAUUAACCAGUCACAUGGAUGUCUUGUGCUGUUAAGUAGACGAACUAACUUUCUGUGAGAAGCAACAUGUAUAGAUCUAUUACCGGUACAUCGUUAAGGCCACAAUGUUGUGAGAGAGCAAGCAUUCAUAUCUAUUUCUUGUAUCAUUGUAAUUACCAGAUGAAUAAGUUACGUGAGAAGAAGGAACCUGCAUAAUUAUUACAUUGUACUAUUGAGGAGAUUAUUAAGUUAAGGAUCACUGUCCCAUUGCAGGUAAAACAGAGAGUUUUCAUAAUUUUCAGCAGUGGUACGGGGAUCCUUAAGUGUGAGUCAGGCAGCAUGUAUAUAUAUACAUUCAACCCUUAGAAAAUAAGUGAUUUGUGAGAGAGACAACAUGCUUAUUUUGUAUAACCGGGUAUUUAAGAAAUUGAUAAAGUGGAGCUGUAUGAUGGGAGUGAACUGUACAAUUCAUUUAAAUUGUUUAAGGACCGAAUCGUUGUAAAUAUUCAUGCAGAAAAAUGUGUUGAUAACUGCAGAUGCUUUUUUAAUAAUAUCACUUAGACUCACUAUUUUUGAUAAAAUCCAACAUGUCUUCAUUAAAUACCAUCUUAAGGGAGCAACAACACUUCCUGGGAUAUUCCACGCAUGUAUUGACACUUUUUGUUUUACAACUAUUGGUGUGACAUCUCUAGGGACUACAACUCAGGGAGUGAAACUUUCUGUGUGUUAGUAGUUAGUACAUUGUACGUGUAGUAUCUUACGUGGAGUGACACUACGGCUGUCACCACUUUUUGGUACGUACACUUCGAAGUGUUAGCACCUUUGAUACUAGUGCUAUUUUUGUAAAGAAUCUUUUGUACUGUAUUUUUCAUAAAACAUGCCUUGUGAAGUAUGAUACUUUUGUACAUAUUUGAUUUGAUAAAUAGGGCAGUUUUAGUAAGGACUGUUCCAGAUUUGACUGCAGGGGAGAGGUACAAUGUAGGAAGCACUUUUUCAGAAACCCUUCUACCCGUUACAUUUUAUAAGCGAUUUGAUAUGAUAAAUGGUAGGCAGAUCUGGUUUUUACCCCACCACCCAUAAUAUAUUAAUACAGGUGCCUCCUAACUCCCCCAUAUGAUCAAUUAGGGAACAGCCCUAAAAAUGUAAUGUGUUACAUGUAUGUAUUGUAUGUUAUUCCGAAGGUCGGUAUUACAUGAAGUUGUAAGUUGGUUGAAUUGAUAAUGGACUAAUUAUUAAAACAGGCAACUGACAUGAAUCAUAUUAAAUGCAGAAUAUGUACUAUAUAUUCUGUCACUGUUCCAUUGGCUGGCUGUAUUAAAAUGAAUGAUUUACCUCCUCCUCUUCAGUGUAAAAUAAGGUGGACCUUUUUUGUGUAUCAGGUUGUUUUUAAAUGUAACAUGUAAAAUGUAAAGGUAUAUGCAGGCCUUGCAAGGCUUUGUCAAAUCUCGCCUGAAAGCAGCAUCAGAUCCGGCCUUAUUUUAUAAACAAACAACUCUGGUUCAACCGUUUGGAUCACGAUAAAAGAAUGUGACCUAGAUUUUUAUCGUCCAUUCCCGUAACAUGUACCAGUGCACAGAAAUUUUCUAUUUGAAAUGAAUCCUGCAAUUCAGUGACUGGUGCAUUUCCCAUAACCAAUUGUUGAUUGGUUUGAAAACCACAAGUAUUAUAUCAUAUUGGCUGUUGAACAAAUAUUGUGCAAUAUGUUGUAUUAAGCAAAACAUUGUUUAAUUUGUAUUAUUAAAUGUGUAAAAUGUAGAUAUGUUUGGUAAUAAUACAAUUUGUUUUGUCUAGAGACUGUACUGGGACAGACUGUAAAAUAUGGUUAACAUUUUAUGAUUAAUUUGGGGAUUAAUAUCAGAUUUGGUGUAAUUUUUUUCAAUGUUGUGCAUAAAUAUUAAAAAGCAUUUAUUACAUCGAGGCAUAAAACUUUCCCACUUUCUGUAAUUUUUGUAGGGUUUUUAUCAGAAUGUUGACUAGUCUUAUUACGAUGUAUUUAAGAAAUACGGUUGGUUCAAAAAAUGUGAAUUAAGAAAGAAGUCCAACAAGAAAAUCAAGAGAAAAGUGUUCGAAAAAACCCUGAAUUAACAAUGUUUCUUUGUGUAAUAUUUAGGAAUUUAUGUUUGAGCCUUGUGCAUCUAGUUAGCUUUGUUACAGCUGAAGUGGCUUGAUAGUGAAACCGAGUCAUGGAUUAUUGAUUGAUGGUUUGUAAUAGAAAGAAAAAAUGUUUAAAUUUAAAUUUGUCAUCAAGUAGAUAUUUGGACAAUAUGAUCUGUGAGCCACCAAAACACAUAAGUCUGUGAUUUGUGAAAAAUUGAGAUUGUGUAAAUUAUAAUUGUGGUUUCGUAACGUCAUUGAUUUACUUCUGCAUCAAAAUGAUUUUAUUUCAUUUUGUUUGUGUUCCUUUUCAUUCAUGUUUUUCAAAUGAAUUGAAAUAAAUGUUGU